AUGGAACAAGACGAAGAAACACAAAAACGGGAGAGCUUUGACCCUGACGAAGGAACUGUACCCGGCUGGCUCAGAAGGCAUGACGUCAGACUCUGGGCGAGCGGUAUACUCUUCAUGUUGGCAGUCAUCGGUGCCAUGUUUGGAAUAGGCGCUGCCCGAGGGUGGGACGCCAACUCCGGGUAUUCGUACAACACUAGUGAGUCCACCAGGGAGCGCUUUCUACCGGAACCAUUUGUGGAGGAACCAGGCGUCAAGGGGAGAUAUGGUCCGGACGCUGCAGGACGAUGGUACUUUUGGAAACUCCCGCCUGACGAAGUCACGUGGUACACUCGCAUGUUUGUCUGGACGUGUUACUGCUGUCAUCAAAUAUUUGUGUGGAUUGUCCAGUACAAAUUCCACACAGAAAAGGUGCAGGGUAACAAGACUUACAGCACAUCUCUUGGGAAAUGGAACUACUUUUAUUUCGGGAUCAACGCUUUUUUUCAUCUCCUCCACCUUUUACAGACUCAUCUUACGUAUGACGCCACUGCCCAGGACGUCUCUGUGGUAUCUUCGCAAUGCUCGGUUAUCCUGGUAUUGACGUUCAUCACUCUCUUAGAAUACCGUGACAGGGGUCUGUUUUUCGGCUGGCCCACUAGAGCUCACACCGACAAAUGGAGUUCAAGACUUCGCCUCAACUACGCACCGAUAUACAUCAUCAGACGUUACCAUGGUUACCUGUGCGCGUGGGGCUCCGUGUACACGUUGUGGUAUCAUCCAAUGGAAAACACAUGGGGUCACGCGCUCGGGUUCUUCCACACAUGGAUGAUUCUACUUCAAGGUAGCCUGAUGUUCUCAAAGUUCCACUUGAAUCCAUACUGGCGGCUUCUACAGGAAGUGUGGGUCGGCCUCCACGCAGGCGUAGUUGCCUCUCAGACUGGCGGACCGGAACUAGACGGGACGAAGCUAUGGCCGAUGUUUGUGUUUGGAUUUGUCACCUUGUUCUCCCUAACACAUGUUAUAGUGCCCCAAAGCGAUGUCAUUUACGAGGAAAGUGGUGAAAAAUAUAUCUUAGAUGUGGGUAAUCCCUUGACCACAGUCAAAUGA